AUCUUAGAUCAGGAUCAAACAAAAAGGUAAAUCCAAACAGACCCAAUCCAGUUUCUCUAUAUAAGCACUAAUACCAGCAAACCAAGGUGUCACAUAAUCAAUGGCAACCCACCUUCAAAACAAGAUAUCUGUGGAUGUUGCCGCAGACAACAGUUCAGCUGACUCACUCUCCUUUGCUGGCUUCGUAAGUAUUCAAGAUCAGCAAUCAAAAUCACCUCCUACCAUCAGUGCCAAACAAUUAAAAAAGACCCAGAAAUUUGAAUUUUGUCACACUGGACCAGGCGUGACUGCAACUGAUUCAAUCAAAUAUUCCAAAGCUGAUCUGUUGAUUUCCAAUGGCCACAAUGAAUCUCGGAUGACCGCUACUCCGUCUUCCCAAGGCCUGUUACCAGCAACUAAUCGCAGCAGCCGGAGAUCAGGUGACAGCAAGGGUGGCAUGAGCAUCUCUGAUAAACCAAAUCACAAAGUGAGAAACCAGGCAAAGAAAGAGCGCACUGCUGCAUCAUCGUUUGGCCAGAAACUAUUCCAGUCAUUUCUAUCCCCUUGCAGGCAAUGCCGAGCAGAUACACCAACUGUGAAAGCCCGCACAGCGCCAGGAAAAAAUCUCACUCCACAACAAUCUCCAGAUAUGAGCGUCAUAACGAUGUCAUCCAUAAACACUGGAAUCUGAAAACCAUAACUAGAAACUAUGAUUUUUUUUUAUAAGUAAAGGUGAAUUUUAUUGAUAAUAACAAUAGGCGUAGCCCAACUACACAAGUCGAUAACUAGAAACUAUGAUAACCAGAAUCAAUAAUGAAACAAAAUUAAACUUCCCAUAUAAUGCCCCUGU